UUCAACCAACACAAAAUCAUUCACAAUUCAAAGCAUUUGAAAUUCAGAAACAUUCUUCUUACACACAAGUCUUUCAUUUGUAGACCAAUAUCUUCUUUUCAAAAGACAUACAAGAAUGGGUUUUCGUUUACCGAGUAUCAUCAGAAGAGCUGCAAACCAAGCAUCUUCAAAAGGUGUGGAUGUGCCAAAGGGCUAUCUUGCAGUGUAUGUAGGAGAGAAAAUGAAGCGGUUCGUGAUCCCAGUAUCAUAUUUGAACCAAACAUCAUUCCAAGAAUUGUUGAGCCAAGCUGAGGAACAAUUCGGAUAUGACCAUCCAACAGGCGGUCUCAUGAUUCCUUGCAGAGAAGACGUUUUCCUAGAUAUCACUUCUCAACUAAAAAAAACAAUGGGCUUCCGCAUAGCAAGUAUUAUCAAAAGGGCAUCAUUUCCCAACACUCAAGCGUCUACCAAGGGAUUUGAAGUCCCAAAAGGCUAUCUCGGAGUGUAUGUUGGAGAUAAAAUGAGGCGAUUCGUGAUUCCAGUAUCAUACUUGAACCAACCAUUGUUUCAAGAAUUACUACAUCAAGCUGAACAAGAAUUUGGAUAUGAUCAUCCAAUGGGUGGUCUAACAAUUCCAUGCAGUGAGGAUGAAUUCCUAAACCUCAGUUCUCGUUUGAAUGAGUUGUAAAUCAUGCUGAGGGAUAUUAAGAUAGAUUAGUUGAGGCAAAUUUGUAUAGAAGGAUUUUCUUCAGUUAUGAAGAUUUUUCAUUUUUUUUAUUCAUUGUAUCAUUCCUAGGGAAAUAGAAAAUGUUUCCUGAAUGAGAAUGUUAUGAAUCAUAUGACAUAAUAUGACAUAAGAGACAACAUUGUUAAUAUAUAGUAGCAUCAAGAAUCUGUUAUCAAAUUUUAUUUGACAUAAACCGAGCAUAUCAGUAUUUAAUAGGGAUUAAGUACAAUGACUAUUUUGGAAAUAUUGAACAUAUUAUUUGAUA